GCGCGCGGAGUCGGGGCGCACUCACCCGCUCCCGGGCCGGUGGGGGGCCGCCAGGGGUCCGCGCAGGACCAGCUUCGGGGGGCGCCGCCCCCGACCCGCCCAGGCGCCCGGCCCCUCCCGGACAUUCCCGCAAGUGGUCGAACCAGCCAGACUAGCCGAACUCGCCGCAGCUCCCGGCGACAGCAGGUGGCUCCGGACUUCCCGCAGUCGCCGCAGCCGGGACGGGCAGCGCGCCCCGUCGUGCGCCGCAGUCCUCUGGGCCGCUCCCGCCGGGCGGGAUGGAGGCGGACGGGGACCGAGGGGAGCUGGCCCGGCUGCGCUCGCUCUUCGCUGCCUGCGACGCGAACCGCUCGGGGCGCCUGGAGCGCGAGGAGUUCGGCGCGCUGUGCGCGGAGCUGCGCGUGCGGCCGGCCGACGCCGAGGCCGUGUUCCAGCGGCUCGACGCCGACCGCGACGGCACCAUCACCUUCCAGGAGUUCGCGCGCGGCUUCCGCGGGGCCCUCCGCGGGGGGCGGCGCGGGGGCUGGGGGCCGCGGGACCUCGCGCCCGCAGCGGCCCAGGCGGGGCCCGACCCCGCGGACGGCGAGGAGGACGAGGGCGACGAGGACGCGGCGGCGGCGCUGGCCGCUCCCUGGGGCCCGGCGAGCCCUGGCCUGGCUUGGCAGGACUUCCAGGCGCGACUCGGGGACGAGGCCAAGUUCAUCCCCAGGAAAGAGCAAGUUAGUACCUUGUAUCAAAACAUCAACCUUGUGGAGCCCAGACUGAUUCAGCCAUACGAACAUGUUAUAAAGAACUUCAUUCGUGAGAUCAGACUUCAAAGCACAGAAAUGGAAAACCUGGCCAUUGCAGUGAAGAGAGCCCAGGACAAGGCAGCCAUUCAGUUGAGUGAGAUGGAAGAGGAAAUGGAUCAGAGGAUUCAGGCUGCAGAACACAAGACGCGGAAAGAUGAAAAACGCAAAGCUGAGGAAGCCCUCAGUGACCUCAGACGUCAGUAUGAAACAGAAGUAGGAGAUCUACAGGUCACGAUAAAGAAACUCAAAAAGCUGGAAGAACAAUCCAAACACCUAAGUCAAAAAGAAGAUGUGGCUGCGUUAAAAAAACAAAUUUAUGAUUUAUCGAUGGAAAAUCAGAAAGUUAAGAAAGAUCUUUUAGAAGCACAGACAAGCAUAGCUUUUCUUCAGAGUGAAUUAGAUGCUUUGAAAAGUGAUUAUGCUGAUCAGAGUCUGAAUUCUGAAAGGGAUCUGGAAAUAAUCCGAGAGUACACAGAAGAUCGAAAUAGUCUUGAGAGGCAAAUUGAAAUACUCCAAAAAGCCAACAGGAAACUGCAUGACAGUAACGACGGCCUGAGGAGCGCUCUCGAAAACAGUUACAGCAAGUUCAACAGGUCCUUGCGCAUAAAUAAUGUAUCACCAGGAAAUACACUUUGUAGAAGCAGUCUCAAAUUUAACGGUGAUUCUCCUCAACCUCUGGGCUAUGACAGGUUAUCCCGCUCUUCCUACGUGGACGAGGACUGUGACUCGUUGGCCCUCUGUGAUCCUAUGCAGAGGAUGAACUGUGAGGUGGACAGCCUGCCCGAGAGCUGCUUUGACAGUGGCUUGUCUACCCUGAGAGACUCCAACGAGUAUGAUUCGGAGGUAGAGGACAAGCACCAGAGAGGCUUUCAGAGGUCGCACGGCACACAGGAGAGCUUCGGGGGUGAUGCUUCAGACACAGAUGUUCCUGAUAUAAGGGAUGAAGAGACGUAUGGUUCAGAAGAUGUGGCUUCUGUCUUAGACUGGAAGCCCCAGGGGUCUGUUAGUGAGGGCAGCACUGUUAGUUCUUCAAGAAAGCCCAUCCCAGCACUUUCAAUGCAGACAGACAUGGUGGAUGAUAACUAUAAAUCUUCCAGUUCACAGAAGGCUUACAAGAUUGUGCUUGCUGGGGACGCGGCAGUGGGGAAGUCUAGUUUCCUCAUGAGACUUUGCAAGAAUGAAUUUCGAGGAAAUACAAGUGCCACCCUGGGAGUCGAUUUUCAAAUGAAAGCUCUCAUUGUAGACGGAGAGCGAACGGUUCUGCAGCUCUGGGAUACGGCUGGUCAGGAGAGAUUCAGAAGUAUUGCCAAGUCUUACUUCAGAAGAGCAGAUGGUGUUUUGCUGCUGUACGAUGUUACGUGUGAGAAAAGCUUCCUUAAUGUCCGAGAAUGGGUAGAUAUGAUUGAGGAUGCAACCCAUGAGAGCAUUCCUAUCAUGUUGGUAGGAAACAAGGCUGAUCUUCGUGACACUGCUGCCACAGAGGGACAAAAAUGCGUCCCAGGAUACUUUGGAGAAAAACUGGCCAUGACCUACGGGGCAUUAUUCUGUGAAACAAGUGCCAAAGAUGGUUCAAAUAUAGUGGAAGCUGUUCUCCAUCUUGCUCGGGAGGUGAAAAAAAGAAUUGAUGAGGAUGACAGCAAAUCCAUUACCAAUCUGAGCGGGACCAAUUCCAAAAAGUCAAUCCAGAUGAAGAAGUGUUGCAGUGGUUAAAUCUCAAACAUCCUUGGCCAGUGAAGUCCUCGGGUCCAGAGUACUGAAUUUGUGUGACUUGUUUGCUUCUUACAUAGAGUGUUGCAUCCUGUGGACACUGUCAUGGAGAGUUACAGUGGGCGUCUGAACUGUGCUCUGGGGUCCCGCCAAAACCCCGGCUCCUCUUUGCUGUGUUUCAAUGAACGAUUUGGGCCUUCUGGUUAAAUAUGCUUGUCCUUACAGAGUCUUAAAAGAUAACAUGUAAAUGUUUUUAAAGUGGUAAAAAAUCACAUGCUCAGAUCAAAGCUAUAGAAGCUCACUGACACGCUUAGAUUCAUGUGGCAGCUGACUUUGUAUGAUCUAUGAUAACGUUUACUUCAGACAUUCGAUACUCACGUACUAGUGGAAGGGGGUUAUCCUCCUAGCUUUGCUGUUCACUAGCCUUGUGGUCUUGGACACAUCCCCAGCCCACGGUAGAUGUUUCCUUCUCUGUAACGUAGGCUGCGUGGCCUGGCCGCCCUGGCCUGGACACUCUCAGAUUCUGUAGCACUUGAAGCGAUGGGAGGGAGAGCGCCACGGCCCACAGUUAGUGAGGACUCUGGUUAUUUGUACUUUUUAAAUAUUGGAGUAUUGAUUUUUCUCACUUCUGAGACAAGAACAGAAUUUAAUUGAGAAAAAAUGGUGAUAUUUUAGGCUCCAGUGGAGACAGAAAAAUCUAUUUUUUUAUGUAUAAAGAAAGAAAACAUUUUUGUGACAAAAAUAGCUGUAUAUAAAGGAGGGUAUUUUAUAAUCUCAGAAGACUUAUAAAGUCCAUGGUUUAAAUUCAAUGUUAAAAAUUCUAAUGAAAUUAUGUAAAGCCACGUACUUCUGAAAAUACAAUGCCCUGGAAGGUUGUCACUCUUCACGUAAAAAGUACACAGUGAGUUGUUGCCAGGGGCUGGGGAGAGGGAGGAAUUGGGAGUGACUGCUAAUGGAUAUGUGGUUUCUUUGGUGGAUGAUGAGAAUGUUCUGGAAUUAGAUAGUGGUAAUGAUUGUACAACUUUGCGAAUAUACUGAAAACCACUGAAUUGUGUACUUUAAAAGGGUGAAUUUUAUGGUAUGUGAAUGAUAUCUUAUUAAAAAAAAAUACACCAGUACUUAGAAUGAUUUAACAUUCUGCCAAAUGAAAAUAUGCAUGCUUAUUUCAAACUUUCCCAUGAUUUAAAAGCAUAAUCUCCAAUAUAAUGCAAAUCCCCUGACUCCCUAGUUGCCAGCGUUCACUCCUUAAGUCAUGAACAGUGAAAGAAAUGGUAUGCAUGGUUUCAGAAAACAACAUCUUUAAAAGAGGAGCUGCAGUUAGGACAGGUGAGUCAAAGUCCUUUAUUUAAUGUGACUAGUGACUCAUCCUCCCCAAGGACCUGGUUGACCUUGCUCUCCUGGAACCUGAAGGGCCUCCCAUCUUCCCCAUUGACAUGUAUCUGAGAGCUGAAGGAGUCAACACCUGACCCUAGUUGGGGUCAGUGAAGCCUGGUUUUUGGGUUUUGGUUUUCAGCACCCUGAUCCAAUUAAGUUAUUCCCAACUGGAGAUUUGAACUCACCUUGGUUCAUAUAGGUCCAAGCCCCAAGUAGCUUGCUGAAAACACUUAAAUAAUAGCUGUUAUUUAUUGUGUUAAUAAGCUAAAAGCAUUCCUGAAUUAAUUCUUGUGGCAAUUUUUCUCCUGUU